GCAGAGUUUUCCUCUCAACAAAAGCAUAAUUUGACUUGGAAAGGAACCUAGGGGAAAAGUUUGAAACCACGGAUGUCCUGAUGUGCUCAUGAGCUGGUGGCCGUGUGCCCUUGUUGGCCUCAGUGUGUCUCCUUUCACCCGUGACUGUUCUGUUUUUAGCCAUGGAGGAGGAGAACAAUGUCUUCCUGGAGGCUGGCUUCUGUCUGGGCACCGUGCUGCACUCCUGGGGGCUGCAGUUCAUGGAGGAACCUUCACAGUCCACCAUGCUGAUGGGGAUUGCCAUUGGAGCCCUCCUGGCAUUGGCCUUCGUUGGCGUUACUGUCUUUUUUGUGUACAGAAGGGUUAACCGAUUUCGACAAGCACAGCCCUCUCCUCAGUACAGGUUCCGGAAGAGAGACAAGGUGCUGUUUUACGGGCGGAAGAUCAUGAGGAAGGUGACCACGCUCCCCCACACGCUCGUGGGGAACACAGCCCAGUCCCGGCAGCGGACCAGGAAGAGGACCAAGGUGCUGUCUUUGGCCAAGAGGAUUCUGCGUUUCAAGAAGGAAUGCCCCACUCUGCAGCCGAAGGAGCCCCCACCCUCCCUUCUGGAGGCUGAUCUCACGGAGUUUGAUGUGAAGAAUUCUCACCUGCCGUCAGAGGUUUUGUACAUGCUGAAAAACGUUCGGGUCCUGGGCCACUUCGAGAAGCCACUGUUCCUGGAGCUUUGCAAACACAUGGUCUUUGUGCAGCUGCAGGAAGGGGAGCACGUCUUCCGGCCAGGGGAGCUGGACACCAGCAUCUAUGUGGUGCAGGAUGGGCGGCUGGAGGUCUGCAUACAGGAUGCUGAUGGCACCGAGGUGGUGGUGAAAGAGGUUCUGGCGGGAGACAGCGUCCACAGCCUGCUCAGCGUCCUGGACGUCAUCACGGGUCACGCUGCACCGUACAAAACCGUCUCCGCCCACGCGGCUGUCCCAUCCACCAUCCUCCGGCUUCCAGCUGCAGCUUUUCAAGGAGUUUUUGAGAAAUAUCCCGAAACCCUGGUGAGGGUGGUGCAGAUCAUCAUGGUGCGGCUGCAGAGAGUGACCUUUCUGGCUCUGCACGACUACCUGGGCCUGACCACGGAGCUCUUCAACCCUGAGAGCCAGGCAAUCCCUCUCGUGUCUGUAGCCAGCGUGGCUGCUGGAAAGGCCAAAAGGCAGAUGUUCAGUGGCCCAGAAGAGCGGUUCGAGAGGCCACUGCGGCCCCGGAAGUCCUGCGACUCAGCAGAUCGUGAGGGUGGCCGUUCAACAGCCUCUGGGCCUCUGCUAAAGAGGAGCCUCUCUGUCCCUGUGCCUUCUAUCCACGGAGAGAUCUCAGACGAGCUCGAGAAGUCCCAGGCAGGUGACCCCGACCCUUCGGCCCCACAAGGGAGCCCAGGUGGGGCCACCUCAGACCUGGGUAUGGCGUGUGACCGGGCCAGGGUCUUCCUGCACGCAGAUGAGCACCCCGGGAACUUAGUGGCCGGCAAGUCCAAGAAAAGUGUGAUUGUUGCAGAGGUCCCCUCUGGGGCCUUCCACUACUCAGAGUCUCACUCGGAUGAGACUGUCACCAGCAGGAAGACGGACACUAUCUUCAGAGCAGCCAAGAAGGACCUCCUCACCCUGAUGAAGCUGGACGACCCGUCCUUGUUGGAUGGCCGGGUGGCACUUCUCCAUGUCCCUGCUGGCACUGUAGUGUCUAAACAGGGAGACCAGGACGUCAGCAUCCUCUUUGUGGUCUCGGGGCUGCUGCAUGUGUACCAGCGGGAGACUGACAGCCGGGAGGACACCUGCCUGUUCCUCACGCACCCUGGGGAGAUGGUGGGCCAGCUGGCCGUGCUCACGGGCGAGCCUCUCCUCUUCACCAUCAAGGCCAACAGGGACUGCAGCUUCCUGUCCAUCUCCAAGGCCCACUUCUACGAAAUCAUGCGGAAGCAGCCAACCGUCGUCCUGGGCGUGGCACACACCGUGGUGAAGAGGAUGUCAUCCUUCGUGCGGCAGAUUGACUUUGCUCUGGACUGGAUGGAGGUGGAGGCCGGGCGUGCGAUAUACAGGCAGGGGGACAAGUCCGACUGCACGUACAUCGUUCUCAGUGGGCGCCUGCGCUCCGUGAUCCGAAAGGAUGAUGGGAAAAAGCGCCUGGCAGGGGAAUACGGCCGAGGAGACCUCGUUGGUGUGGUGGAGAUGCUGACUCACCAGGCCAGGGCAACCACCGUGCACGCCGUUCGGGACUCAGAGCUGGCUAAGCUGCCAGCGGGAGCCCUGACAUCCAUCAAGCGCAGAUACCCACAGGUGGUGACUCGGUUGAUUCAUCUCUUGGGUGAGAAGAUCCUGGGCAGCCUCCAGCAGGGACCUGCAACAGGCCACCCACUGGGGCUCCACGCAGCGGGCAGCAAGUGGGACUCGGGGAACCCGGCAGGCAACCUGUCUACAGUGGCUGCGAUGCCCGUGUCUGAGGACGUGCCCCUCACUGCCUUUGCCCUGGAGCUGGAGCACGCCCUCAGUGCCAUUGGCCCAACCCUGCGGCUGACCAGCGACAACAUAAAACAGCGCCUUGGCUCUGCUGCUCUGGACAGCACCCACGAGUACCGGCUGUGCAGCUGGCUGGGCCAGCAGGAAGACAUCCACCGGAUCGUGCUGUACCAGGCGGACGGCACACUCACGCCCUGGACGCAGCGCUGCAUCCGGCAGGCCGACUGCAUCCUCAUCGUGGGCCUGGGUGAGCAGGAGCCCACGGUGGGCGAGCUGGAGCGCAUGCUGGAGAACACAGCCAUGCGGGCCCAGAAGCAGCUGGUCCUGCUGCACAGGGAGGAGGGGCCGGCGCCGGCCCGCACCGUGGAGUGGCUCAACAUGCGGAGCUGGUGCUCUGGCCACCUGCACCUUUGCUGCCCACGCCGCGUCUUCUCUAGGAGGAGCCUUCCAAAGCUGGUGGAGAUGUACAAGCGCGUCUUCCAGAGACCCCCAGACCGGCACUCGGACUUCUCCCGCCUGGCAAGGGUGCUGACGGGCAACGCCAUCGCCCUGGUCCUCGGGGGAGGGGGGGCAAGAGGCUGUGCCCAGGUGGGCAUCCUCAGGGCCCUGGCAGAGUGCGGCAUCCCCGUGGACAUGAUCGGAGGCACAUCCAUUGGGGCCUUCAUGGGCGCCCUGUACUCUGAGGAGCGGAGCUACAGCCAGACGCGGAUCCGGGCCAAGCAGUGGGCAGAGGAUGUGACAUCGAUGGUGAGGGCCGUGCUGGACCUAACCUACCCCAUCACAUCCAUGUUCUCCGGAGCCAGCUUCAACAGCACCAUCUGUAGCAUCUUCAAGGACAAGCAGAUCGAGGACCUGUGGAUGCCCUACUUUGCCAUCACCACUGACAUUACAGCCUCCGCCAUGCGGGUCCACACGGAUGGCUCCCUGUGGCGGUACGUGCGUGCCAGCAUGUCCCUGUCGGGCUACAUGCCCCCUCUCUGCGACCCCAAAGACGGACACCUGCUGAUGGAUGGAGGCUACGUCAACAACCUCCCAGCGGAUGUGGCCAGGUCCAUGGGGGCAAAGGUGGUGAUCGCCAUUGAUGUGGGCAGCCGGGAUGAGAUGGACCUCACCAACUACGGCGAUGCGCUGUCUGGGUGGUGGCUGCUGUGGAAACGCUGGAACCCCCUGGCCACUAAGGUCAAGGUGCUGAACAUGGCAGAGAUCCAGGCACGACUGGCCUACGUGUGCUGUGUCCGGCAGCUGGAGACGGUGAAGAACAGUGACUACUGCGAGUACCUGCGUCCCCCCAUCGACGGCUACGGCACCCUGGACUUUGGCAAGUUCAACGAGAUCUGUGAAGUGGGGUACCAGCAUGGGCGGACAGUGUUUGACAUCUGGGGUCGCAGUGGUGUGCUGGAGAAGAUGCUACAGGACCGGCAGGGGACAGACAAGAGGAAGGCCUGUGCUGUCCUCAGCUGCCCCAACGCCUCCUUCACGGACCUUGCUGAAAUUGUGUCUCGCAUAGAGCCCACCAGGGCUGCCACGGUGGAUGACGAAUCUGACUACCAGACUGAGUGGGAGGAGGAGCUGCUGGACGUCCCCAGGGACGCGGACGCCGACUCCCAGAGCACCCCAGCCACGCCGGCCUCUGACUUGGAGGAUGAGCCCGGGCUUGCGCACUGACAGCCCAGGCGGCUUUCCCCAAACCGUCAGGGCGGCUCAUCCCCUGGCUCACCGCGGACUCAUCCAGAGCGCAGCAUCCCCUGUGCCUGCCCUGCGCGAGGCCCCGCUUCCCUGCCUGGGCUGUGUCGCGGACUGCGGUUUCCUCUCUGCACUAGCAGCCCCCGCACUCACGCAGCAGUCCUGGGGGGCUGCGAACCCCCGCUGCCCCUGAGAGAUGUGGGAGCCCUGAUGCUGUAGCUGGGCAUGUAAUAAAGGCGAA